AUAUCGGACAUCGUCGAGGGCGAUGACUCGAUCAGUGCGAGGGACGCGCUGCUCCACUGGGCCCAGCGCACCACCGAGCGCUACCCGGGCGUACGCGUGUCCAACUUCACCUCCUCCUGGCGCGACGGCCUCGCCUUCAACGCCAUCAUCCACAGGAACAGACCUGAUCUGGUGGACUGGAAGGACCUCCAGCAUAAGUCGGCCCGCACCCGGCUUGACCAAGCGUUCCAUGUGAUGGAUACGGAGUAUGGCGUCACCCGCCUGCUGGACCCCGAAGAUGUCGACACGCCGGACCCGGACGACAAGUCGGUGCUGACCUACGUCAGCUCGCUGUACGACGUGUUCCCGCAGCCGCCGGCCGAGCACCCCCUGUUCGACGGGGAGGCGCAGCGCGUGCAGUCCGAGUACCGGGAGAGCGCCUCGCGGCUGAACCAGUGGCUGCGGCAGCAGACGGCCCGGCUGCAGGACCGCAGCCUGCCCGCCUCGCUGGUGGAGCUGCGCCACCUGCUCACCGAGACCAAGAUGUUCCGCACGCACGACGUGCCGCCCCGGCAAAACGAGCUUCGCCGGCUCACCGCCGCCUACCAGCAGCUCGAGCGUCCGCGUCCGGACCUGGGCCAGGCGGAGCUGGAGCCGGAGCUGCACGGGCCGGCGCUGGAGCGCAGCUGGGCGCUGAUGCUGCAGGCGCUGCAGGAGCGGCAGCAGGCGAUCGACGAUGAGAUCAACGCAAUGGAGCGGCUGCAGCGGCUCGCCGAGAAGGUGAUGCGGGAGACGAGAGCGACCGACCGGCGCCUGGACGGCGUCGAGCAGCGAAUCCGAGACGAGGCGAAGCGGUCGGCCCGCCUGAAGCCGGCCGAGGUGAAGCAGAACUGCGAGAAGAUCGACCACGAGUUAGUGCAGAUCGAGGAGACGAUCAAGUCGCUGUUCUCGGACGUGAACACGCUGCAGGAGGGCCGGCAGCCGCAGGCGCCCGAGCUCUACCGCGGCGUCCAGCAGCUGCACGACAAGUGGAUGACCGUGCACACCACGAUGCAGGACACGCUUCUGCUGCCGCUGAGCAAGCGGAGCACCGAGGACCCCGAGACGAUGCUGCGGCGGCUGACCGAGACGGACGAGAACUUCCGCUUCCUGCAGGAGUGCCUCGAGUGGGUCAAGGAGAGGCUGGAACGGAUACACGAGGCCGAGUACGGCCACGACCUGCAGACGUGCCAAGAGGAGCUGGACUCGCACCACAAAGAGCACAAGGUCAUCGACCAGUUCCAGGUGAACCUGGACCGGUGCGUGGCCGCCAAGAACAACUACGACCACGAGGAGCUGACGCUGUACAUGCGGCUGCUGAGCCAGCUGCAGAAGACGUACGCCGACCUGCUGUCCACCUCCAACAAGCGGCUCUCCGACCUGAUGAUCCUGCACGACUUCAUCCAGGGUGCCACCAACGAGCUCAUCUGGCUGAACGAGAAGGAGGAGACCGAGGUCAACCGCGACUGGAGCAGCCGCAACCAGGACCUGCGUGAAGUCGAAGCGCACUACGAGCACCUGAUGGGCGAGCUAGAGCGGCGCGAGCGUCAGUUUAACGCCGUCCAGGACCAGGGCGGCUCGCUGGUGUCGCAGCACCACCCGGCGGCGCAGACGGUGGAGGCCUACCUGGCCGCCAUGCAGACCCAGUGGUCCUGGUUGCUGCAGCUCACGCUCUGCCUGGAGACGCACCUCAAGCACGCGCAGGUCUCGCGCAAGCUCUUCCAGGACGUCGACAAGAUGGCGCACGUCAUCAACGAGCAAGACGACCGACUGAAUGCAGAAUUCAGCCAGACCGACUUCGGGCUGGACGAGGGCGAGCAGCUGCUGCGCGACAUGCAGGAGCUGCGCGACCAGAUGACGCAGCAGUCGGAGGCCAUCGAGGCGCUGGAGCACCGCGCGCACCAGCUGACGCCGCAGCGCCAGCGCCGCGACCCUGCCAGCGUCUCCGGCACCGGCCAGCUCACCUGCAUCUGCAACUACAAGAGUGCCAAUAUGUCGAUCCGCAAGCAGGAGCGGUGCACGCUGGUGGACGGCAGCCAGCGCUUCAAGUGGGUGGUGCGCUCCUCGGGCGGCCAGGAGGGCGAGGUGCCCAGCGUCUGCUUCCUGCUGCCGCCGCCCGACCAGGAGGCAGUCGACGCCGUCGAGAAGCUGAAGCGACAGUACGAGAUGUCCAUCAUGCUGUGGCAGCGCAAGCAACUGCGCAUGCGCCAGAACAUGAUCUUCGCCACCAUCAAGGUGGUCAAGAGCUGGGAUCUGCAGCAGUUCAUGGGUAUGGGCAAGGAGCAGCGCGACGCCAUCCGUCGCGCGCUGAACGAGGACGCCGGCAAGCUGAUCCAGGAGGGCGACCCGAACGACGGUCAGCUGCGCCGACUGCGGCGCGAGAUCGACGAGGUCAACGCCCUGUUCGAGGAGUUCGAGCGGCUCGCGGCCGAGGCGAGCCCGACGAACCAGUUCAACACCAAGGUGUCGUCGCUGGAGGUGGAGCUGGAGACGGCCGAGCGGCAGCUGGCCGAGCGCUGCAGCGAGGCUAUCCCGCGCCGGCCCGACGACCUCGAGCGGCUCGUGGUCGCCCACAAGGAGUGGGAGAACAAGCUGGAGCGUCACGAGCCGACCCUGGAGGAGGUGCAGAUGAUUUACGACUCCCUCAGCAAGAAGACACCGUCGAUGAAGACCAAGCUGGACAACGUCGUCAGCAAAUGGGACAACCUCUGGAAAACGUCACACUUAUAUAUUGAGCGGAUGAAGUGUGUGGAGCUGACCAUCAGCGAACUGGAGGAGGCCGGCACGAUGGUGUCUGAGCUGGAGGUGAAGCUUGCCGACUACCGGCGGCUGCCUGACGACAAGGACGGCCUGCGCUCCGCCCACCUCAGCCUCGUCGACAUGCAGAACAGCCUGCAGAAGCACCAGACGGUGAUUGAGCGGCUGAACAUGGACGUGAGCAAGACGCGCCAGGCGACCGAGCGCACGCGGCCGCGCCAGCGCAACCACGCCGACGUCGAGAAGCUGGAGGACGACGUGGGCAAGCUGACCCGCCGCUGGACCAACUGCUGCGAGGCUGUGGUGGACAGGCUGCGCGCCGUGGACCAGGCGGCCGACCUGCUCAGCCAGUACGAGCAGCAGGAGAUGAUGGAGCGCCAGUGGGCGUCGCAGAAGGAGUCGGAGGCCCGGCAGCGCGAGCUGGAGCUCGAGCGGGCCCGGCAAGCGGUGAUCGAGAAGUACCGCCAUUGCGACGACUCGAUCUCCAAGUUCCUGGACUGGGUCGAGAAGAUGGAGCGGCGACUGGCCAACCAGGAGCAGGUCCAGGAGGACGUCUCCAACCUCCGCAACCAGAUCAACGUGGUCAAGGCGAUCAAGGACGAGGUGAAGGACCAGCAGCGGCCGGUGUCGUCGGUGCUGGACCAGGUGCAGGACGUGAUGGAGAAGGGCGGCGAGGUGCUCUCCAAGGACGAGAUCAAGCAGCUGGAGAAGAACGGCCGUGAGCUGCGUCAGAGGUACGACACGGUGACAGACCGCACUGAUCAGCUGCUGCGCCGCCUCACCUCCUGCCUGGACGAGCUGAGCAAGUACCGCACCGAUCUGGUCACCUUCCAGACCUGGCUGUCAAGCGCAACCAGGACGCUGGUGGACAAGGAGCGGUUGCUCUCCGACCUCACCAAGCUGAAGGCCAACGAGCAGAGCUGCAAGGACUUCGUCAACGACGUGAUCGCGCACCAGGCCGACCUGCGCUUCAUCACGGUCGCCGCGCAGAAGUUCAUCGACGAGAGCAAGGAGUACCUGAAGACGCUCAAUGAUUUCCGCACUAAGCUGCCGCAGCGUCUGGGCCACAUCGAGCCGCACGAGUACCUGGUGAAGCAGGAGGUGACGCACGUGACGCAGACCUUCCAGGACCUGCUCAACCGCGCCAACAAGCUCUCCGACAAGAUGAACAGCAUCGGCGGCCGGCAGCGCGAGUACCAGGACGCGCUGGACCGCGCGCUCAAGUGGCUGCAGGAGGUGGAGCCGAAGGCGGAGAAGGUGAUGAACGAGCCGGUGGCCGCCGAGCCGCGCGGGGUGCAGGACCAGCUGGACCGCGCGCGCCAGCUCAACAACGACAUGCUCUCGCAGGGCAAGCUGUUCGACAACGCCACCGCGUCCGCCACGCAGCUGGUGAAGGCGCUCGAGGACCAGAUCAGCCCGAAGGAGGGCGAGCGCAUCACGAGGCCGCCAGAGGAGCUGGCCGACAAGUACCGCCGGCUCUCCGACGCCGUCAUCGACCGCUGCCAGGCGCUGGACAUGGCGCUGGUGCAGUCGCAGGGCGUGCAGGACGGCCUCGACUCGCUGAUGGCGUGGCUGAAUCAGGCCGAGGCGCGGCUCAAGUCCAUCCUGAAGCCGGCCAGUCUGAACCGCGAGCGCCUGACGGAGCAGGUGCAGGAGCAGCGGCUGCUGCAGACCGACAUCGACUCGCACCAGCCCAGCGUCGACCAGAUCCAGCGCUCGGCCGAGGAGCUGCUGCAGACGCCGUCCAACGCGCGCAUCGCCAAGAAGAUCGAGCAGAAGCUGAAGGACCUGACGACGCGCUUCGACAAGCUGAAGACCAAGUGCCACGAGCGGGGCGUGCUGCUCGAUGAGGUCUCGUCGCAGAUGGACUCGUUCUGGACCAAGUCGGAGCGGUUCGAGCACUGGUUCAUCGAGAUCAUCGAGGUGGUCGAGUCGCACGAGAUUAUCAAGCUGAACGUCGAGUCGUACACGGCCAAGAUGGACGAGGUGGCGCGUCAGGCGGAGGCCAAGCGGCCCGAGUACGAGGCUGUGGUCACCGUCGGCAACAGCCUUGUCUCCAAGAAGGACGUCACCGACACCGCCAUCACCAAGGAGAAAGUCAAGGAGAUCGAGUCGCAGUGGAACGAGCUGCAGGAGCUGCUGGACGAGCGGCUGCGCGAGGGUCGCACGCGCUCCGACUCGCUCAGCGCCUACGAGAAGCUGAAGGAGGACGUGCUGGAGUGGCUGACCAGGAUGGAGAGCAGCAUCGACGCCCUGCAGCCGGUGGCUGUUGACCAGGCCCUGCUGAAGCAGCAGAGCGACGAGCUGAAGCCGCUGAUCAAAGAGCACAGCUCGUUCAUGCCCACCAUCGAGAAGGUCAACGACCUGGGCAACCAGUACGACGCGCUGCUGCGCGGUCGCGCCGACACGCCGGCGCGCAGGCGCUCCUCGGUCACGCCCGCCAAGCGCUCCUCCGUGUCCCACGGACGCCGCUCGGUCUCCAGCCCGCUCACGCCCGUCCGCAAGGCGUCGUUCGACCUGCGCGGCUCGUCCCCGGCGCGUAGUCCGUUCCUGUCUCGCGGCGACACCAACGAUGGCUUCUUCAACCUGGACGACCUGUCGCCGAUCCAGAGCCAGCUCAACGAGAUCAACAACCGCUACCAGAUGGCGGGCACGCGGCUGACCGACCGGCAGGCGGACAUCGACACCGUCAGCGACGAGGUGCGUCGCCACAUGGACACGCUGAAGAAGCUGCAGCAGUUCCUGGACAAGACGGAGCGCCAGCUGCCGCGCGACGCCGUGCCGCAGAGCCGCGACGAGGCUGACAAGCAGCUGCGCCCCGUGCAGAAGCUGGCCGAGGACGUGGGCGAGCGGCAGCCGUCACUGGACGGCCUGAAGACGCAGGCGGGCGAGCUGCUGCGCCGGCGGCCCGGCGUGCCCGGCGCCGACCUGCUGCAGGACUCGCUCACCGACGUGGUGGAGCGCUGGCGCGCGCUGCAGGAGCGGCUCAAGGCGCGCCAGAAGCACCUGCAGGACAGCCGUCAGUUCUUCGACACGCACGAGCAGCUGACCAACUGGCUGCAGGCGAAGGAGAAGAUGCUGACGGUGCUGGGGCCGCUGAGCUCCGACCCACGGCUCGUGCAGAUGCAGAGCCAGCAGGUGGCCGUGCUGAGGGACGAGUUCGCCAAUCAGUACCCGACCCUGCAGACGCUGAACCGCGUCGGCCAGGCGCUGGUGGACGAGGCGGAGCCGGACAGCCCCACUGCCAGCAAGGUUGAAGACAAGAUGCGCCAGGCCAACGACAAAUGGGAGGAGCUGAUCUCCAAGCUGGAGGAGCGCGAGCAGACGCUGGACGCCGCCUCGGGCACCAGUCGCCAGUUCAACGACUCGCUGGGCAAGCUGCAACGCGACCUGCAGAAGAUCGGCGACAACCUGGACGACCUCUCGACGGAGCGUGCCGAGCCGCAGCAGAAGCUGACUAAGCUGGAGAAGCUGCAGCACCAGGUGGACGAGCUGAAGCCGCGGCUGGUGGAGCUGGAGGCGCUGGGCGACGAGCUCUGCACCGUGCUGACCGACCCGUCGGCCAAGACCGAGGUCAAGGACAAGCUGUACCAGCUGAGCCGCCAGCAGAACCAGCUGCAGAAGAAGAUGGACAACCUGCGCGCCGAGCUGGAGAACUCGCUGAAGGAGGACCGCGAGUUCGAGGACGGCUGCAGCGACGUGCAGGACUGGAUCAAGGACUGCGUCGACCAGAUGGGCCGCCCGCUGAAGGUAUCGGCCGACAGCGACAAGCUGGCACGCCAGGUGGACGAGUACGAGCCCGUCUACAAGAACGUGAUGGCGCGCGAGCACGAGGUGUUCCUCGUGCAGCGCAAGGGCCAGGACCUGAUCGCCAAGACCACCAACAAACAGGAGGGCAAGACGCUGCAGAAGUUCCUCGACAAGCUGCAGAAGGACUGGGAGGGCCUGAAGAAGGACGCCGUCGCGCGACACACGCGCCUGCAGACGUGCACCGACCUCUGCCGCAAGCACCACACGGCGCUGAACAAGUUCGCGCCGUGGCUGGACAGCACCGAGGAGCGCCUGGAGCGGCUGAAGCCCAUCAGCUUCCAGCGCGCCGAGAUCCAGAAGCAGCUGCGCGAGAUCCAGACGUUCAAGAACGACGUGUCGCUGCACUCGGGCGAGCACGAGCAGACGCAGACGAGCGGCGACACGCUGCUCAGCGCCACCGACACGGACAAGGAGGGCGUGCAGGCCGACCUGAGCGACGUCAAGCGGCGCUGGGACGCGCUGAACCGCGCCGUGCUCGAGCGGCAGCAGGCGCUGGACGACGUGCUCGCCAGGGUGGGCGAGUUCACCGACAAGCUGCGCGACCUGGACCGCUCGCUGCAGCGCUGCGAGGACAAGCUGGCCUCGCACGACGCGCUGGGCGGCGGCCGCGACCCGCGCCUGCUCGAGCGCAUCGCCGAGCUGAUGCGCGAGGCCGACCAGCUGGACCAGCAGCUGGACAAGGUGCGCGACCAGGCGGACGACCUCUGCGACGAAGCGCGCCACGCCGGCUCGGACGCCAGCCACAUCAAGGAGGACGUGGCGCGCGUCGACGACCGCCUGCGCCAGCUGCGGGGCAAGCUGGACGACCGGCACGGUGACCUGCAGAGCGCCACGCAGGCCGUGGGCGAGGUCAACGAGCGGAUCAAGCAGCUCAACUCGCAGCUCGGCCUGCUGGAGGAGGAGCUGGACGCGAUGACGCCCGUCGCGCGCGAGGUGAAGAUCGUGGAGCGACAGGUGACCGAGAUCACCAUCUUCUUGGAGAAGGUGGUGCGCGAGAAGGGCGAGCUCGACGAUGCUGAGCGAACCGUCGACGACCUGGUCCAGGAGGGCUAUACGUCCGACGCCAAGACGCUGCGUGACCAGCUGGGCACCAUGAAGCGGCAGCUGACGCGCAUCGAGGACCGCGGCCAGACCCGCGAGCAGGAGGUGCAGCUGGUGCUCACCAAGCUGACCACCUUCUACCGCACCUACGAGGUCGUCGUCGAGGACAUCGAGCGCGUGUCGCGCGACGAGGCGGCCCUGGCGCCGCCCGGCACCGACGUGGCCACCAUCCGCCGCCAGCAGCAGGAGUUCCGCGAGUUCAAGACGACGCGCGUGGAGACGCUGUCGGUGCGCGUGGAGGACUGCAACAAGAGCGGCCAGGGUCUCGUGCAGUCGGCGUCCGCGGGCGUCAAGACGGUCGUCCUCGAGGGUGACUUGGAGAAGAUGAACGAUCUGUGGAACGAGCUGAAGGAGCGGAUGCACAACCGGGAGCGUGCCCUGGAUGUGGGCCUGCUGCAGUCCGGUAAGUUCCGCGAGGCCCUGGAUGGUCUGCUGCACUGGCUGGCCGACACCGAGGAGCUGGUGGCCAACCAGAAGCCGCCGUCGGCCGACUAUAAGGUGGUGAAGGCGCAGGUGCAGGAGCAGCGCUUCCUGCAGAAGCUGCUGCUGGACCGCCAGGGCUCCGUGUCGUCCCUGUUCGACAUGGGCAAGGAGAUCGCCAAGAACUGCCAGCCGGCAGAGCGGGCUGAGAUCGAGGGACAGCUGAAGGAGCUGGUGCAGCGCUUCGACACGCUCACCGACCAGGCCACCUCGCGCAUGAAGCAGCUGGAGGAUGCCAUGAAGGUGGCCAAGGAGUACCAGGACACCAACAGCCCGCUCGUCCAAUGGCUGGAGAAGAUGCAGAAGCGCCUGAAGGACAUGGAGACCAUCCCCACCGACGAGGAGAAGAUCCAGCGGAAGAUCGAUGAGCACGACGACCUGCACCGCGAGAUCGUGAGCCACCGCGGCGACUUCGACGAGCUCGCGCGCAUCGCCACCGUGCUGAUGGAGCUGGUGGGCGACGAGGAGGCGCAGGCGCUGGCUGACCGGCUGCAGGAGGUCACCGACGCCUACACCAAGCUGGUGGACGACAGCGAGGCGCUGGGCCGCCUCCUGCGCGAGGCCGGCUCCCAGUUGCGCUCGCUGGUGCUCAACUACGAGGACUUCCUGGCUUGGAUGGAUGAGAUGCAGCAACGCCUGAGCAAGUACAAGGUGCUCUCGGUGCACGUCGACAAGCUGCACGAGCAGAUGGCGGAGCUGACGGACCUCAGCGAGGAGGUGGACCAGCACCGCGAGCCCGAGCGUGAGCUUCAGGACAUCGGCGCCGAGCUGAUGAAGCACAUCUCCAGCGACGAGGCGCUCCAGCUCAAGGACAAGCUGGACUCGGUGUCGCAUCGCUACUCGGACCUCGAGAAUAAGGCGGGUUCGCUGCUGAAGAACGCUCAGGAGGUGCUGCCGCUGGUGCACGCCUUCCACCAGGCGCACAACAAGCUGACCGACUGGCUGAUGGCGGCGGAGCAGAGCCUGCAGACGGUCGACUCCCAGCCCAACGCUGAGGAGAUCAUGGAGCAGCUGGAGAAGGAGGUGCAGGAGCACCGGGCACUGCUGGACCAGGUGAACCAGGCCGGACCGCAGCUGAGCCAGAUCUCGCCCGGCGACGGCGCGCAGACCAUCGAGUCGCUGGUGACGCGCGACAACCGCCGCUUCGAGGCCAUCGUCGAGCAGGUGCAGCGCAAGGCUGACCGUCUGCGCCAGGCCAAGCAGAAGCAUGCCGAGGUGGUGCUCGACAUCGACGAGCUGCUCGACUGGUUCAAGCAGGUGGAGGCCCAGAUGAAGUCCGCGCCGCGCCCCAGCUCCGACCCGGAUGCCAUCCGCACCCAGCUGAAGGAGCAGCGCGCGCUCAGCGACGAGAUCAGUGGCCAGAAGGGCCGCGUGCGCGACCUGCUCAGCUCGGCCAAGAAGCUGAUCCGCGACGCCGCGCACUACGACGACGUCAGCGAGAUCCGCGAGAAGGCCGACCAGCUGAAGGACACCACCGACUCGGUGAGCAAGCUCUCCUCGGACCGACUGAGCGUGCUGGAGCAGGCGCUGCCGCUGGCCGAGCACUUCUACGACACGCACCACGAGUUGUCCGAGUGGCUGGACGAGGCCGAGGACGAGGCGAUGCGGCUGGACGUGCCGGCGCUGCGGCCCGAGCAGAUCCAGCGCCAGCAGGACAAGAACAAGGCGCUGCUGCAGAGCGUGCAGGAGCACAAGCCGAUGGUGGAUAAGCUGAACAAGACGGGCGCCGCGCUCGCCAGGCUCGUCACCGAUGAUGAAGAGCGCAAGGUGUCGGACAUCAUGGAAACGGACAACGUGCGGUACACGGCUCUGCGCGCCUCGCUGCGUGAGCGGCAGCAGGCGCUGGAGGAGGCGCUGCAGGAGUGCUCCCAGUUCGCCGACAAGCUGGACGGCAUGCUGUCGGCGCUCAAGGACACGGCCGACCAGGUGGACAACGCCGAGCCCAUCUCGGCGCACCCCGACCGCAUUCACGACCAGAUGGCCGAGAACAACGCCAUCAUCGACGACCUGGAGAAGCGCGCGUCGGCCUUCGACGCCGUCAAAAAGGCGGCGGCUGACGUCAUCAGCAAGGCGGGCAGCGCCUCCGACCCGGCCGUCAAAGACAUCAAGAAGAAGCUGGACAGCCUGAACAAGCUGUGGGACCACCUGCAGACGGCCACUAACGACCGCGGCCGCUGCCUGGACGACGCGCUCGCCAUCUCGGAGAAGUUCUGGUCGGAGCUUCAGUCCAUCAUGAAGGCGCUGAAGGAGCUGCAGGACACGCUGACCAACCAGGAGCCGCCGGCCAUCGAGCCCAGCGCCAUCAAGGAGCAGCAGAAGGAGCUGAGCGAGAUCCGCCAGGAGCUGGACCAGGCCAAGCCGGAUGUGGACCAGGUGCGCCGCACCGGUCACGACCUCAUGAAGGUGUGCGGUGAGCCCGAGAAGCCCGAGGUCAAGAAGAACCUGGCCGACCUCGACUCGACCUGGGACAACAUCACGGCGCUGUACGCGCGCCGCGAGGAGAACCUCAUCGACGCCAUGGAGAAGGCGAUGGAGUUCCACGAGACGAUGCAGAACCUGCUGGAGUUCCUGGAGGACGCCGAGGACCGGCUCUCGUACUUGGGACCGGUCGGCUCUGACAUUGACGCCAUCAAGAAGCAGAUCAAGCAGCUGAUGGACUUCAAGAACGACGUCGAUCCCCAGAUGGUGAAGGUGGAGGCGCUGAACAGGCAAGCGCAGGAGCUGAUGGAGCGCACGUCGCCGGACCAGGCGGCCGCGCUGAAGCAGCCGCUCUCCGACAUCAACACACGCUGGGACGAGCUGCUCAAGGGCAUCGUGGAGCGGCAGCGCGAGCUAGACCACGCUCUGCUGCGCCUGGGCCAGUUCCAGCACGCGCUGGACGAGCUGCUCGUGUGGAUCGGCCGCACGGAUAAGACGCUGGAUGGACUGCGGCCCGUGUUGGGCGACCCGCAGGUGAUCGAGGUGGAGCUGGCCAAGCUGAAGGUGUCGGUGAACGACAUCCAGGCGCACCAGACGUCGGUGGACACGCUGAACGACGCUGGACGCCAGCUGAUCGAGUCGGACAGCGAGUCGGCCGACGCCAGCACCACGCACCGCAAGCUACGCCAACUGAACGAACGCUGGGCGGAGCUACAGGAGAAGGCCGGCGGCAAGCAGCGCGACUUGGAGGCGGCGCUGAAGGACGCGCAGGACUUCAUGACCGAGAUCCAGGACCUGCUGUUCUGGCUGAACGACCUGGACGGCGCGCUCACCACCAGCAAGCCGGUGGGAGGCUUGCCCGAGACGGCCAAGGAGCAGCUGGAGCGGUUCAUGGAGCUGUUCAGCGAGCUGGAGGACAACCGAUCCAAGGUGGACUCGGUGCUGACGCGUGGAGACGCGUACCUGAAGAAGUCGAAGGAGGGCGCCAGCACCAACCUCAAGCACAACCUGAAAACGCUGAAACAGCGUUGGGACCACGUGAUGAACCGCGCCAACGACAAGAAGAUCAAGCUGGAGAUCGCGCUGAAGGAGGCGACCGAGUUCCAGGAGGCACUGCAGGAGUUCGUCGACUGGCUGACGAGCGCCGAGAACGUGCUGACCAACCUGCAGCCGGCCUCGCGCGUCAUGGACAACAUCGUCGGACAGAUCGACGACCACAAGGAGUUCCAGAAGGAGGUGAGCGCGCACCGUGAGUAUAUGCUGAACCUGGACAAGAAGGGCACGCAGCUCAAGUACUUCUCGCAGAAGCAGGACGUGAUACUGAUCAAGAACAUGCUGCUGUCGGUGCAGCACCGCUGGGAGCGCGUCGUCUCCAAGUCGGCCGAGCGCACGCGCGCACUCGACAUCGGCUACAAGGAGGCCAAGGAGUUCCACGACUCGUGGGCCGACCUCUGCGGCUGGCUGGACGACGCGCUGCAGGCGCUGGAGGAGACGGAGACGUCGCUCAGCAACACGCCCGACCGCAUCCGCGCUCUGCUCGACAAGCACAAGGAGUUCCAGCGCGCGCUGGGCGGCAAGCAGUCGGCCUAUGACCACGUCAUCAAGCUGGGCCGCGUGCUGAUCAAGGACAAGGCGCCCAAGGAGGAGGAGCCGCUGCUGCGCGAGAUGCUGGACGAGCUCAAGGAGAAGUGGAACACGUGCUGCAACAAGUCGGUGGAGCGGCAGCGCAAGCUGGAGGAGGCGCUGCUCUUCAGCGGGCAGUUCAAGGAGGCCAUCCAGGCGCUGCUCGACUGGCUGAAGAAGGUGGACGGCCAGCUGGAGGAGGACGCGCCGGUGCAUGGCGACCUGGACACGGUGACGCAGCUCUGUGAGCAGCACAAGACGCUGGAGCAGGAGCUGGCUAGCCGCGCCCAGCAGGUCGAGUCGAUCCAGAAGACGGGCGAGGACCUGAUGGACAAGGCCGACAAGAAGGAUGCCGCCGUCAUCAAAACCCAGGUGACGGAGCUGACCACCACGUGGACGUCGGUGGUGCGCUCGUCGGACGCGCGCAGCGGCCGGCUGAAGGACGCGCUGCGCGACGCCGAGCACCUGCACCGCGACGUGCACGGCCUGCUGGAGUGGCUGAGCGAGGCCGAGACGCGGCUGCGCUUCGUCGGCGCGCUGCCGGCCACCGAGGAGGAGGCGCUGCGCCAGGCCGACGAGCACGCCAAGUUCAUGCAGGAGCUGGCCGACAAGGAGGGCGAGAAGGACGACACACUGCGGCUGGCGGCCGAGAUCCUCGAGAAGGCGCACCCGGACGCCGUGCCCGUCAUCAAGCACUGGCAGACCAUCAUCGAGUCGCGCUGGGAGGAGGUCAGCAGCUGGGCGCUGCAGCGCCAGAACCGGCUGGACGAGCACCUGGCCGGCCUGCGGGACAUGCAGGAGCUGCUGGACGAGCUGCUGCGCUGGAUCCGCGAGCGCGAGCAGCGCCUGAUCGAGCUGGAGCCGGUGCCGCUGCCGGACGACAGGCCCAGCGUCGAGCACCUGAUUCAGGAGCAUCAGGAGUUCAUGGAGGACCUGCAAUCCCGCCAGCCCGAUGUCGACUCCAUCUGCAAGCCCAAGCACAAGGGCCUGCGCAAGAGCUCGCGCGGCAAGAGUCCGUCUCCGACCCGGGCUGUGCCGAUGCUACGUCGACCCAGCCAGUUUAGUCCUGACCGCGAAGGAUCGCCGAGCAAGAAGAGCAGCCAGGGCAGCCCCGAGCGCGAGGUGUCGCCGGUACGCGACUAUGACAAGCCUUGGCUGACCAACGCCAGGGCCAGCCCGGAGCGCUCCGACGCCGCCUGGCCUCGCAUCGGACCCGUGUUCCACGAGGCGUCGCCGGCGCCGGCCGGCGGCCGCAAGGCCAGUCGCCAGAGCCUGAGCGAGCCGGUGCUGAAGACGCCGCGCCAGCGCGAGCUCUGGGACGCCUGGCGCAACACCUGGAUGCUGGCGUGGGAGCGCCAGCGCCGCCUGCAGGACAAGUUCAGCUACUCGCAGGAGAUGGAGAAGCUGCAGGACUUCGACUUCGAGGAGUGGCGCAAGCGGUUCAUGAAGUUCGCCAACCAGAGGAAGAUGCGUAUCACCGACCUGUUCCGCCGCCUCGACACCGACCACGACACCUUCCUGACCAAGGAGGAGUUCAUGGACGGCAUCAUGAACCUGAACUUCCCCACCUCUGGACCGGAGAUGCGGAUGGUGGCGGACUGCGUGGACAAGAACCAGGACGGCCUGAUCGACUACAAUGAGUUCAUGUCGGCGCUGCGGCCCGACUGGGAGAAGAACCAGCCGCUCACCGACGCCGAGAAGAUCGACGACGAGGUUAAGAAGCUGUGCGCCACGUGCAUGUGUCGCACCAAGUUCAAGGUGUUCCAGGUCGGCGAGGGCAAGUACCGGUUCGGCGACAGCCAGAAGCUGCGCCUGGUGCGCAUCCUGCGCUCGACGGUCAUGGUGCGCGUCGGCGGCGGCUGGGAGGCGCUCGACGAGUUCCUCGUCAAGAACGACCCGUGCCGAGUUCACGUUCUGUUUUCCAAAGAGGUGUGUAUGUCCCGGCGACUGGUUCUGGAAGAGCAGCACGAGCGAGGAUGCCCUAUGAACGAACAGUCCAAGGGCCGCACCAACGUGGAGCUGCGCGAGCAGUUUGUGCUGGCGCCGGGCGUGUCGCAGAGCAUGACGCCGUUCAAGUCGAAGACCUCCAGCCGCAGCACGUCCGUGCCAACGGCCGGACCCAUCACGAAGGUGCGCGAGAAGACGGGCCGCAGCGUGCCCCUGGCGCGCUCCUCCGUGUCGGGCACGCCGGGUGAGCGCAGCAGCCACGACGGCGGCCACCGCUACCUGCGCAAGGGCAGCACGCCGGUGCGCAGCAGCAGCUCGCAGGGCGGCAGCAAGCCGCCCAGCCGCACCGGCUCGGAGAUCAGCCUGGACUCGGCCGACGGCCGGGGCGGCGCCACGCGCACCGGCACGCCCGGCUCCUCUAGUCACCGGCUCGCCUACGGCCGCAAGGCCUCAUCUCCGCUGAGCAAGACCUCAUCCCCUGCCCAUCCGAACGGGUCGACGAACGGCAAAACCAGCCAGUACAGGUACAGGCGACCCGCCUCCGUUUCAUCCAUGUCGCCAGGAGUGCCGAGCCCCAGGAGUCGCAUCCCGGUGAUGGUGCGCUCGGGCACCGCGGACGAGAUUGAACGCCGGCGGCUCCAGGCUGGGCACGCUCUCCUGGCGGCGCGGCGUGCCCCGCGUCAGCUCCACGCUGAGCAUCCCGGCCGGGCUGGGCACCGGGCGCGCCAGAUCUCGAACGUCGUCCCAGUCCAGUCUGUCGUCAGCGUCCCGCCUCUCGACGGGUCUGAGACCCAAAACCAGCGGAUCCCACAUUCCCGUGCCGACAAUGCAGAGAGAGCACUCGGCGUCCAAGAUCCAGCGUCGCUCGUCGGGCGCGAGCGACUCGAGCCGGGGACAAGGCUCGGAAGUCAGCCACCUCGGAGAAGCCCCGCUGGCACUGAGGCGGCUGCCACACCCCCGCGGGACCAGACGGGCGGCGCACGCCGCCACCCAGAGCCAGCAGUGACUGUAAAUACGUCCGCGCGAACACAGAGCAGCUACAGCAUAAUGAUCACUAACCAAACUGCCAAGGUGCUUUGAAACGCGAUCUAACAGUCUUUCUAUCAUUAAUUAUGUUAUCAUUUAUGGAUAUGUUAUUAUUUUUGUCAAGCUUGGAGCGGCUGUGUCGAGACGCGUGGCGACCGCUGUGAUGGUCGCAGUCCAGACCGGACCGGUGGCGCCGCCCUGCCGGCGCGCACUAGCAACACGAGACUAACGGUAGUCCGGGGCGAACAUGUGUACAGGUUUUUUAAUGAUUUGUAUGCUGCACCGUGGCGUGUGAGUGCAUGCACGCGUGUUUGGUUCGUCAAAAGACAGUGCUGACACUAAGGGUGCGGGCGUGGGUGAAGAACGACGCGCGCAGGCAGCAAUAAUCCUAGUUGACGGGGCGACGGUGCUGUGCGGGCGCCGCCGCCCCGGCCGGCCGGCCGGCAGGGGGCGGACCUGCGGAUGUCCACCGGGGGCGGUGCGGCGCCCCCCGGCGGGCCCGCCUCCCGCGCGCCGGCCAUCGGUGCUCAUUGUGACUCGGAGAGACUUCUAUUUUGUAUUACGUAUGCCCGGAGCGCCCUAAUCCCGCGGACUGGGCCACCGCGCGCGUGAUUGUGGAUUGUCGAACAACCAGCUUCAAAUAAACUGCUUGACCCCA